AUGUCAUUGGCCAGAGGACAAGAAGUACCACCACGUGGUUAUCGGUACCACUGCCAGGCUGCUAGUGAUGCCACUCAUAAGAUUCCUAUAUCUGGAUUUCAUCUUUCACGUACUUGCUACCCAGUUGUCAUACGUGAACUUCUUCAGUUUGCCCAGCCAGCCAGAGGUGUUUGCCCUCGUUUUUACUGCAAGUCUGAUGACAGGUUCCGAAUCAGCUGGUGUCUUGAACGAAUGGCCAGCGUGGCAGGUGUUGAGAGCCCUCUGGAGCUUCUUACUGUAGAAGACCUGGUAAUAAAACUGUACCAGAAGAAAUAUCAUAAGGAGCCAUCCAAGACUUGGGUGUCUAGAGAGCUAGAUGUUGUCCUGUGGGAUUUUUCCAGUAAUACCAGGUGUGAAUGGCAUGAAGAGAAUGAUAUACUCUGCUGUGCUUUGGCGUCCUGUAAGAAAAUCGCUUAUUGCAUCAGUAAAUCGUUAGCUGGUGUGUAUGGAGUCUCACUGACAGCUGCUCACCUGCCUCUUAAAGACUGUGUUUCCAGUGGAAAUACAAAUCUCAGGCGGGUAAUACUGGAUGCUGGACGUUUUCAGGAACUGAAGGCUGAGGGUUCUGGAAGUGACAGACAUGUCUUUUCUCCAAGUGGAGUUCAAGAACUUGUCCCUUCUAGUUGUGAUUCUUCAUGUGAUGUGAAGAGUUUUCCUUAUGGAACAAGUACCAUUCGAGGAAGAGGAAUUACUCGAUGGCUGGAAAGUACACCUGAUCUAAGCAAAUCUUUCAGUAACUGAAAAUCUUCAUAUCCAGGACAGCCAAACAUUUCUUUCUUUCUUGUUUCACUAAGAUAAUGAGCAGUUUCUCCAGACUGCAGUUUUUCAUCUUACUUGCAACUUUUGAUUGUUCAUGUUCUUGUUAAAAUGAUAAAACUGUCAUUUACUGGACUUCAGGGAAGAAAAUCUUCUUCAUUAUCUUCAGGAAGGUGUUUUAAAGUUGCAUCCUCUCUAAAAGGAAGUGCUAUGAUAGUUCCAUUUCUUAAUGGAUGGAGUGCAAAUUUAAGAGCUUAUAGCUACAUCACUGGAUUAGAAAUUCUGUAGUGGCCAGUGCAUCUUUAUUUUUUUCUUUAGUAGCCUCCUUCACCACAUCUCUAUGUGCAAGAUAAUAUUUCAAUGCAUAACUGUCUCCAAAUACGAUGGAGAGAGCAGUGGAGGUAUGAUAGGAUGCACUGGGGAAUGUAAAGCGUCAUGGUCUCAAAGGAUAGCUCAAUGUUGUUUUCCACCCAUUGAGAACUCAAGUAGUGAUUCAAUGCAAAAAAGCAGAUACUCUAUCAAAAAAUGUGGUGGCAGUGUUAUUGGUCUGUUAGUACUCUUUUGGAGGCAUAAGCUAUGUAUCAGGAAUAUGGAUAUUGUUUUUUCUUUGCAUCAGCAAUUAAAAGAUUCGUGUUCCUUAAAAUUAGUGCUGACUUUCUUUAAAUUAAGUGACUGAAACCAGCCAUAAUUAGUUGAGGGGACAGGAAUACUGGGAAUAAUUCCAGUAUUCCUAGGAAUAAUGGAAAGUUAGAUGUUUCAUGGAGAUGCAAAUCUUGGAUGUGUCUCUAAUUAGUUGCCUAUUAUGUAAACAUCCUCCUUAGUGCAUGUGUCUUUGAACAACUGAUUCUCAAAAAUAAGAGCUUUUUUAGUUUUUACAUCCAGCAGAGGUCCGGUUGUGCAGUACUAUCUCCAUAGCAACUAACUGUGAGAGGAAAUGAAUUUCAUUCUUUUUAGGAACUGGAUCUUAGAAUUGAGUAGUUCCAUCUUUUGAAUGAUAAGAGGGGAGGAAAAAAAAAAAAAGGAAUCAACACACUUGUGAGCAAACUCAGGUGUGCUGAUGAGUAUUUUAGAAAAUGCCAGUUGCUGGUUUGAUUGGAAACCUGUUAACAGUUGCUAUAAAGCCAUUUGAGAGCCUUCUUCCAGGAUCACUGGACUAUCCUACUUAAGAGCUUGCUCUUGUCACUGAAUUUCCUUGCAUAACUCUGCUUCGAGGUGGUUGUUCUGCCUGCUAAACAUCACCAGUUAAAGCUCAAUAAACCUUGAAGACUGAGAUUUACCAGACUUCAAGGCAUCAGGGAGCUUUGUAAUGGGGUAACAAGGUCUACUUAUUAGUGGUAAAGGUUUUUUUCUGCUGUAGAAUACAGUUGAGUUCUCAGUUUUCCAGCUGAUGGCUGCAUUGAUGUUUCAGAAUGUACAGAACUGUAAUCUUUGGAUUAUUUUCAGAAGUGAGUACAAUAAAAGUUUCAUGUUUCAGUUCUUAUGAAGGAGAGAAUUCAUUCUUAAAAUAUUUAUUCAGUAUCAUAUUAAUGUAAGUACAAAAACUUCUAAAAGCCUUCGUUACUAUGCUUCAAGAUAGUGAAAUCUGAGCAGAAAGAGAAGAAUGCAGACUUGAGCUCCCACAAGUUUCUGUGAUUACAGUUUUCAAAUUAUUGCCCAUACCUUCUGAUGAAGAGGUGAAAGGCGAGAGAGAAGUUCUGAAUGCCCUUAUAUUGGGUUAUAAUAAACUUGGUGCUAGUCCUAAUGCAUCCAGAAUUAACCUUAAUGGUUUGCUUGUUGUUCUAUGAACUUUAGAUAGAAGACAUCCUUUGUAUCUUUCCUGGAACUGAUGAUUCAAAUAAAUAGAAACGUGGUGCUGUUACUCUAGCAACAAGAAUUGUGAGGUAAUUAACUCUUGUCUAUCUGAUCAGUUCUGAAUUGUGCACCAUUCUAGUAAUAAAUAGUGUCAUCCUCUGCUUUUUGUGGCUUUAUAAUACUGGAGCUUGAUCCUGAGAAGUGAGGAAGGCAGUGAAAGCAGACCCUGGGGGGUGUGCAAGAAAGGGGGAGGUGGAAUCCCUGGGAGACAACUCUGUAAAGGAGUCUAGGAAGACUGGCAGAACACCAAGGAUCUCAUCUUCCAAGUAGUUUAGGUUAUCAACUUCCAAUAACAGUUAAGGAAUGGAAAUAGAUCUGCCAGGGACUGUCUUGGCUUUUCAGGGAACGCUUGACCCCACUAUAGUGGAGGGGGGGAGGGAAGUAUAUGGGACGUAGGAACAGGUGCUGGCUACAAGGGAAAAGGCCAGAAACAUUGGCCAGACAUAUAGCGGUGGUAUUUGGAGAUCCAAAGCAGUGGUGUUGUAAACAGUGUGGUGUUGAUCAACAGAGAACAGUGGUCUUGUAGCUGAACUGUGUGACUGGACCCAUUCCCCAGUGUGAGCUGUGUGACACAGUUCCCCAGUGCUACCUUUGGCUCAGUCCUUGCUAUCAAGAUCUUGAACUUCUGUAUUUGAAACAAGGGAAAGCAAUGAAUGAAGUUGGAGAUCAGCUGGGAAAAUCUGACCCAUACAAGACCACGGGACAUGAUGGGUUGCAUCAGAGGAUGCUGAAAAAGCUGCCUAAUAUCCUUGCAGAGUUGUUCUAUCUUUAAAAGGUCACGGAAGGCAUGGGAAAUCUGCAACAAUGGAAGGAAGGCAAAUAUAUUGCACCCAUCUGCCAAAGGACAAUCUAGGGAACCAUAAACCAAUCACCUCCACUGUGUUCCUUGGAAAAAUCAUGGGUUGGGCCCUUCUGGAACAUAUUUUUGGGUAUGUGAAAUAGGAGGAGACUGGCAGCAGUCAGCGUGGAUUUGCCAAGGCAAAAUCAUGACUGAUCAUCCCACUUGCCUUCCAUGAUAGAUUUGUGAGUGGAAGAGGUAUAGCAAUGGCCAUUUGCCUUGACUUUAACGAGGCUCUCAACGUGCUGUAUGCAUGUGUCCAAGUUGGGAUGUUGGAUGGGUGGACAGAUGUGGAAAAAAUCUGUUUGGACUCUCAAGGUAGUAGUUAAAAAGUUGUACCCUACGUGGAGGCUGGUGACAGGUGUGGCACUGUGGGAGCCUGCAGUACCCUAUUUAACAGUAGUGGCCUGGAGGAAGUGAUAGAGGGCACUCUUGCUGAAGUCAUCAAAUGGAGUGACCAAACUUUUCAAUUUCUGUGUGGCAUUUCUUACCUACUUUUCUUUGGCUUGCUGGAUUGUUGAAAUGGACUUUUUUUGUUUCCUUCAUACACUUCAUUACAUAGGAAAUAACUUCUAGAUUUCUGAGGCACUAUUAGAAGGGGAAAAAUCAUAGCUUUUAAAUACCUUAGUAUGCCUGCUGAAAGAAAUCUUGCUAUUAACGAUGACCCAGAUUCAUACUGUGGCUGUUCUUCCCAGUUUGGGUAACAGAUCUCAAUAGUCCCACAGGUGGGAAAAUGGUUUGUGAGCACUUACGUUCUGGUGUUCUUUUGUUGUUGUUUUUUCUUUUAUGCACAGAUAAAGCAUAGACAUGCAUAUUCUUCUGCCUGAAAGUUGAAUGUUACCAAAUAGUAAUAUGCCUUAGACUGUGUGGAGUGUCACUCCUUUUCUGCUCAGUUCCCACUUGUGAGGGAUGUGGGUAUUGAAGUUAGGUAUGCGUACAUGAAUUCCUAGGAAUUCAUUAAAUGUUUUCAUUUCCCUUGUUUUCUCCCUAAAUGUGCUGGGGGCACUGCUUUAGUUUUGUUUAAAGUUCAGAGUAUGCUAGAGACUCUUGGAGCUAUUCCUGCUUUAGGAGAUGUACAGUUGAUGGAUACAGUCACAGGGAAACCUUGGAGUAGCUAGGAAUUUGAAUACAUGUAUUUCUGGCUGGCUGAAUUUGAGAAAUCAGUUGCUACACAUGGAGCAUUCUGAAAAAUAUGCAGCUUUCAAAAUGUUCAUUUAAAAAAAAUAAUAAAGCAUGAGAAGCAGUGAAGUAUCUCAGCUCUCUGUGUGCUCUCAAUUUAUUACCAAAGGAAGAAUAGAGCUUAGCAUGGCAGAGUGUAAGUGGCUGCUCUUUAAUGGUUGUCAUGUUUCUCUCUCACCUUUUCCUUGCUGGUUCUUAUGGGACCUAUUUAGAAUUGAAUUCAUGGCUUUGGAGGGUCUUUUAAUAAUCUUGUCUGUACUUUGUGGCUGUUUCUCAUUUGUUUGUUUGCAGAUAGUUUAAUGCAGAUGUGUUAAUCUUUGUACUUACAUCUAAAAUGACCAAGGUGCAAGACUUCAGCUAACAAGCAGCACCUAAGUUUCACAUAUCCAGAGAGUGAAAAAUACGGAAUAAGUUACACAAUAUUAAAAUGUUUUAGAGGUCAGAGUCAGUUUCUGGCAACAAAUAGUAUUCAUAGUUAGGUCCUUUUAUUGGUCUUUCCAGUUAAGGUCUUUGAGCAUCUACGAUCUUGUCUCUCACAA